GUGACGCAGUCGGCAGGGUGGGGAACCUCGCCCACUUUGGAGGUGAAGGUCCGGGAUCGCAAAGCCGAGGCGGCCGGCGUUCGUUCUCUCUGCUGCUCCCACCCACCCGCCCGCCCGCUUUUGAUAGUUUCCUUGGGUCGCUUCCCCACCCACAGGUGACAGGGCGAAACUUCUCGUCUUCUUCCCUCUGUCCUGCUCUGGCAAAGUCGGCGGCGGGAAUGAGCCGACAGGAAGGCGAGGUGGUCCUGAAGAACAAGCCCGAUAACACCGCGUUCAAACAGCAGAGACUGCCGGCCUGGCAGCCCUUCCUGUCGGCGGGGUACGUCCUCCCCACCUUCUUCAUACUGGGGGUGAUAUUCAUUGGGAUCGGGCUCGGCCUGUACUUCACCUCCAACAGCAUUACCGAGAUCGAGCUUGACUACACUGGCAACCAACCGGACAGUCCGUGCUCCCCUUGCACCAACACCACAGUCAAGAACUGCAAUUGCACCGUGGCAUUCAAGGUGGACUCCGUGUUGGUGGGCCCUGUUUACAUGUACUAUGAACUAUCGAACUUCUAUCAAAAUCAGCGGAAAUAUGGAGUCUCCAGGGAUGACGAUCAGCUGAACGGGGACUUGACGUAUUUCAAGAAACCCUCGGAAUACUGCUUCCCAUUUCAACAGGAUGGUAAAGGCCAGCCCAUUGCUCCCUGUGGUGCGAUCGCAAACAGCAUGUUUAAUGAUUCCUUUACUGUGUAUAAGCUGAAUAACACUGGGUCUUACACCAAGGUCCCUUUAAAUGCCAAAGGAAUUUCCUGGUGGACGGACUACAAUGUCAAGUUCCAUAACCCCAAGGUGAAUAAUGGCUCUGAUCUACAGAAGGCAUUUGAAGGCACUGUGAAGCCUAUCAACUGGCCCCGACCUGCCUACGAGUUGGACACAAACCCAGAAAACAAUGGCUUCAUCAACGAAGACUUCCUCGUCUGGAUGAGGACGGCAGCCUUGCCGACGUUCCGCAAGCUCUAUCGCCGCAUCGACGGAGGACUGGAGCCAGGAAACUAUUCUGUGGAGAUAAGUUACAAUUAUCCGGUGAUCAGCUUCAAUGGACAGAAACGCAUAACGUUCAGCACCAUAUCGUGGAUGGGUGGAAGGAACCCAUUCCUGGGGAUUGCUUAUCUUGUCUGCGGCAGUGUGUGCAUUGUUGCCUCUGUGGUCAUGUUCAUAGUCUACGUGAAGUAUCAGGGGCAGCGUGAGCUGACAGAGGACUAGUAAUACGACAUAUCCUUCUGUUGUUGCGGGGUGAUGUGUUUCGGAGGGUGCUGACUAUAAUUUAACUCUUAAGUUUACUGAUCAAGUUUGACGGGAGCGGAUUCUUCCAUUCUGUGAUAUAUUUAAUACAUUUUAAAGUAAGUAAUUAUGUUUAAACACAGAUCAUAUAAUUUAUACAUUCAUUUCAGAUCUGUUUUCUUUUUGGGAUAUUAGAUGAUUUGGCAGUAAAAGUUUAUUGUGAAGAAUUAUUCCACUUUCUUUGGUUCUUGUACUAUUUGAUCAGCUGUUGAAGUAAAUUCAUAUUGAUAUUUUCCCCCUAGUCUUUAUUGUCAGUACAUUCAUCGGGGUUUCCAUGACAAUUUCUUAAAUACCAAUGGCACUUAUUUCCAGCAUCUGCAGUAACCUGUGUCCCCAAUUAUCAAAACCUUGCAGGUUAUGGAAUUAUGGAGUUGGCACUUUCAGCACAGAGUUCUAAAUUUUUUUUGAAGCAUUUUGUAAUUUAAUUCCUGAAAGGCCUUUUUGUUUCAAUCAAAAAAAAAACUAAAAAUCAGUCCUGGGAGAUUAGCUUUAUUCGUCAUGUUCAAAGUACGUUUAUUAUCAAAGUAUCUAUUGUUAUGAAUGUACCACAGCUCUGAGGGGCCGAAGGGUGCGGGGUAGCCCCCUCCUUUGUGAGAAUCGCAAGAUCACUAUUGAGUCCGUUCAGGAGACCCAGGAAAUGAGAGAAGACAUGCAGAAUUUCCAAAGAGUGGAAUGUGUCCUGGCCUCCGAGAGGCGGACCCCUUUGAUACCGGCUAUUGUCUCUUGGAGACGGACUGGUAUAUUACAUCCUGCGCGAUGCAUCGAAGCCCCAGGCGAUGAACCAAGGGGGAGGUUGGUGGAGAGAUUGCAUCUUCUCAACCUGAUUGACAUCUGAGACCCUGUGAGUCAGGAUAAAAAGAGGGUCUGUGGGAACAGCCCCUCAGACGCACCAGAAGAAACGCUAGCGACCCCGUAAUAGCAAAAGCCAGUGGGAAGGCCACGUGUGUCCGGUUCCAUUUGCCCCGGAAUCAGUGUGCCUUGACCACGGAAGAACGGUUUUUAGCUAACAACGGGGAAAUCAACUCCCAACGACCCUCGAAGGAUUGACAUCAUAAAAGGAAUGGGCAAGUUUUAACCCGCCUUUCUCUCAAACCAAAACGCUGCAGCUUGAACGAACUAAAAGUGACUUUUAUAUUUCCAUCAGACAAUACAUUAUCCCCUAGACAACGACAGAGCUAUUUCUUAUUAUUAUUAUACCCACGCUUUUAGAUUUAGUAUUGACGACGUAUAUUAUCUGUAUGUUUGCAUUGAUAUUAUUUUGUGUAUUUUUAUCAAUAAAUACUGUUAAAAUAGUA